AUGGAGGAAGCAACUGUGACUUCUACCGGUUACUGCCUUUACUUCAAGGGAUUGACAAGGAUGGAAACAACAAGGUCAUUGUCAGGAUUUGGCGUUGCAAUUUGCAGACAUGAGGAUGACAAACCCUUUUUUCAGAUGAAGGGAUCACUUCAUGGCUCUGUUUUGGAAGCUGAGCUUACUGCAUUGAACCGAGGACUAACCGAAGCCGUGAGUUUGGGGGUCACUCAUAUCUUAAUCUGCUGCGAUAAUCAUCAUAUAUUUGAAUUGGUCAUGGGAAGAUCCGCGCCUGCGCAAGAGAACAUCGCCAUGCUAAUGGAUGAUGUGCAACGCAUCAGACAACAAUUCACAUAUAGCAUCCCUGUUCUGGUGACUCGAAAUCAAACUAAUAAUUUUGCAUAUAAACUUGCAAUGGAAACAAUAGUUUCUGAAAUCAGGAUAAGUAUGCCUCCUUUUGAUCAGAAGAAGACUUGCUAUAUCUGUUUCUUCGAUGAUUUCGAAGAUGAUCAGAUGUUUUCUGUCGGUUUAUGCGGUCAUCGAUUCUGCGUGGAGUGCGUGGAACGAUAUAUACAAGUGGAGCUGCUGAAGGGAUGUGUACCGAGAGGUCCUCAUUAUGGCUGCAAAUCGAACCUGACGCUUGGAAGCUAUGUCCAUCUUUUGACACCUAAACAAAGAGAGAUGUUUGAACAAAGGGUCAAGCAUGCAUCAAUUCCUCCAUGGGACAGUCUAUUGCUGGUUUACGUACUUUUCUAG